AUGGCGACAGCUACAGAGUCCCUGAAUAUUGAAAAGCUGCAAGUCAGUGAUCCAGACUCAUCUAUCGUCUCUUUCGAGCCCUUCGAGCUACCCUCCUCCAACCAGCGUGUCCUGGGGCCUCCUCACCCCAAAGACACUGUGAUUCCCCUCGCACUCCGCCUCACAGAGGAGUCCCGGAAACCAAGCCUUGAAUCUAUUGUGGAGACUAUCAAGUCUCUCCAACAACGAGAUGGAACUUUUACUAAGAAACUCGCUCGGCAUGGCACACUCCUCUUCCGUGGUCUUCCUAUCCACAACGCAGAGGACUUCAGCAAAUUCGCCCAUGCCUUUGGAUAUAAGCCGCACGAGAUUAUCGGCAUAGUCGUGGACAGACCAUUGCUCGCACCGAACGUUGCGCCUGCGAAUGAAGCACCCAAGGAGGUCCUCAUCUACAACCACAACGAGUCCCCGCAGGUGCCACAUGCUCCGGAGUACAUCUUCUUCUAUGGACAUCAUGUCCCAAGCAAGGGCGGGGAAUCUCCGAUUUCUUCGUCGCUGGAGCUAUUCCACCGUGCACAGCAAGAGAUCCCUGAAUUUAUCGAUGAGCUUGCCGAGAAGGGUAUCCUCAGCCGCGUCACAUACAAGUACGACAAGCAAUACGAGGGCGGAUCUACGCUUAAGCAGGCCUUUGGCAAGGAUAUAGUCGAUGGUGAUUCGGAGGAGACUAAGCGAAGCAAGAUCGAAGCGCAGAUUGCGCGGUACGGGCGUGGAAAGUAUACGACAUGGGAGUGGACGGAUGAUGGGCUUGUUUUGACGCAUCAACUUCCAGCGAUUAGGACGCAGCCUGACACGAAUCUGCCCACACUGUUUACUGGACUGGCUUCGUAUUGGAGGAUGAACCAGGCUAACUCGGGUGGAAGGAGGAACGUGACGCAGCAGAUUUAUGGAGAUGGGAGCGUUAUACCAGACAAGUAUCUGGACCAUUUGGCUAAGAUUACGGAUGAGAUUCGUGUGUUGCAUAAGUGGCAGACCGGGGAUGUGUUGGUCUAUGAUAAUGUGAUUGCGCAGCAUGGGAGAGAGCCGUGGGAGGGUGAGCAGUCGGACCGUGUGGUGUUGGCAAGUCUGUUUGAUGGGAAGAGUGUACCUGGGGCAUAUGGCUUUGCGGAUUGGGCCAAAGUUGUGCAGGCUUCAGACUAG